AUGAAGAAGGAUACUAGAGGGCAAAACUGUCCACCUGCAGGUCAGGGCUACAACAUCAAGGAGUUCAUGAGAAUGAACCCUCUGGCCUUCGUAGGAGGACCUGAUCUAGUGGCUGCAGAGAAUUGGGUACUGGAGAUAGAGGAGAUCAUGGUUGUACUCGAUUGCACAGACGAGCAGAAGGUCUGUUAUGCCGCAUUUAAGAUGAUCGGAGAUGCAAAAUACUGGUAUUUCUUAUUAUCUAUUAGAGAGGAAAAGAUUGAAGAGUUUACUAACUUGAACCAUGGGAAUAUGACCAUUGGGGAGUAUGCAUCAAAAUUUGUGGAGCUAUCUUGCUUCGCACAGUUCUUGAUCCCGAAUGAGGCAAGGAAGGCCAGAAAAUUUGAAAAAGGCCUGAAAUGCAAAAUUUAUGAACUUGUGGUGGGAUUCUACGUCCAAACUUUCUCAGACUUGGUUGAUAAGGCUUCGGUGCUGGAGAAGAGCAUCCAGGAGUAUAAAGCCUAUAGAGUAGAAGAAGAGGCUUGCACCAUCCAUUUUUCAGGCUGA